AUGGCGAGCAAGACUGCAGUCCUGCGUCUGUACCGCCGCUCGCUGAAGCUUUCUCUCGACUGGGCCGUCCACAGGUACCUCUGGCGCGGCCAGGCCAUCUACAUCCGGGAGCUGUUCGAGGCCAAGAGGAACGUCACCGAGCCACGCCAACUACGAGCUCUCAUACAGGAGACAGAGAAUCUACUGGAGAAGUGGAAGCACCCGGAUCCGUACCGCCCACCGACGGCACCUGGAGGAUCAAAAUACGAACGUAACCUCCCGGCUCCGAUUCUUGAUCCUCCUCCACACAUGACUCUCUAGACAGGAGGAUGGUGGUGAUGUGACGGGUGCACGCUCAGUGUAAUUCUCAGCGUGCUAAGCAUCGUCGGCAACGGCGUGUACUUUAGACACGCUUACAGAUGAUGGGUCAACCCGAACUACGAGGACAUGACCGUUCUUUCGAUGGUCAUUAUUCCGGUGCUCGAGAUACCUACAUGUACAUACAGCCGCACGGGAAUUGAGAGGAUGAAUUGUAAAAUCAUAUAUGCAUUAUGAGAGUCAAAUAUGGUGCACUGCGUUUGUUUUGAUCGAAGCCAUGAUGAUGAAAUUUGAUAAAGAGUAUAUCAAACAGCGGCGCAUCUACACUACAAGACGGAAGCACAGCUUUCGUAAACCAUUUCAACAUGAGCCGACAUGC